UUUCAGAACCACUGGUCUAGAUAAUACUUAGUCCUGCCGUGAGUGCAGGGGACUGGACUAGAUGACCUCUUGAGGUCCCUUCCAGUCCUAUGAUCCUUUGCAAAGGACUGGAGAAUAAGAGAAUGAAUGGUGGUUCCUCUACUCCGUCCUUGUACGUGAUGGCAGGAUUGACUUGAUCAUCCCAAGACAGUGCCUGAAAGAUCACUGCUCUAGCCUAGAAAAUCUGGAGGGAUGGGGAUUCUACAUCCACCGGUGGCAGCUUACUCCAGGGCUGUCGCUGAGCCUUUCCUGGUCACUGUUCCGUGUACACGGCUUGGUCCUUGAAGCUUUGGUGACUAGUACUCAUGGCCCCUGUGUGCCGGCCCCUGCUAGUCAGCUGUGCAGGCUCUGAUCUGUGGUGGAACAAAGGCCGCUCUCAGAAUCACACGAGCAAGCAGCCAGCGAUCGCAGAUCAGACAGAAUCGAAGCUAAAAUGCUUCCUGGCUCUGCAACGGUGCAAACCGCUCAGAGUUUGAAUUGAUCUAAACUCAGAAGUUUCAACUUACUGACCUGAAAUGGUCAUAACUUUAACACCCUGUAACUGAUUUUCUUCAAUCUUGGCUUAUUUUGACUUAAAAACCGAAGUAUGUCUGACAGUGUGAGCUGCAGCAUGUGGGUGUGUGAGAAGUGCGUGUUAUGCAAGGUGUUAACAGACAGUUUGGUGUAAUGAGGCCAUGUGUUGAAAUGUAAGCAAAAGGGAGUAGCAGAGUUGAGUAGGUUGAGUCUUCUGCCUUCAGUGCUGUCCCCCACUUCAUAAGCUUGUUGCUGGGUGAAUGGCAUCUUGUUGCAUGGACUUGCUGUGUAGAGUCAAGGGAGCUGUCAGUACUCAGCUAUGAGAAGCAACAGGUUACCUGGAAGUGGGGAAAGCCCUACCCUGCUGCUGGAAAUGCUCUAUCCUAGACUUCAUGUGUUCCCCCUCAAAUCUACAUAAUCCAGCUGUUCCCCCAAUGUCCCUUCCCUGGGGUCAGCAGUGCGGCAAGGGAGUUUUGUACUGAGAACGUGGCAGCCGGUGAACAGACAGGCUCUGAGCCUGAACCAUUCCAUGUAGCCGCGUCGCUGCUCUGGAAGCCCGCUGGGCUCCUCGGCCAGGCUGACGGAAGUGAUGAGGAGUUAGCUCAGACUGCCACGAGGCAGAAGGAGGCUUUCAAACAUCAGUAAUGAUCAUAAUAGCUUCCCCCUUUCUGCGGUGUGGUGCGUUGCAUCUCUCAAAGCACUGCCCAGAAGAGAAGGAUUGGUCCCCCACCGGGGGAGAUUUGAAGCGGAGAACCUGGGACCUGCCCAAAUCUGCAAAGGGAGGUGGUAUCAGAAGAGAUCCGGUUCUUGGGUGUUCCUGGCUCCAGUCCUGUGCUUGGGCCAGUAAGUGACUCAGCGUCAGUCUCUGCCCUCCUCCUGCUUGGAGAGCUGCAGCUGGGUGGGGCUUUGCACAGACAUCCUUCGCCACGCAGCGUAGGGAAUGUUUUCAUUGAAGGGUUUGUGUGUGUGUAUGAAGUCAUGUGCCAACGGUUGUUAAACAUGGGCCUCAUUAAACAUGCAGUCUGUUCCUUUGCAUUAUCGUGUGAAUUUCCUUCUGCAUGUUCCCGGCCAACGUGGCCAGACUUGCCUUUCCUGCGUUCGUAACUUCCACUUGCUGACUGGCCUCCGUCCUGUCCUCAAAGGCCUCUUCUCUCAGCUGCCCUCCUCCGACUGGUCUAGUUUCAGUCAUGUUCAGACUGAUUCUACUGGCAACAAAAAGCUGUGUUGGAAAGACUGGGCUGUGUUCACUCAGCCUGCACACACUGUUCCUACUCACAGCUAUGGCCGCGCCCACGAGGAGCCAACGAAACCAUCGCUGAAGGCAGCAUGGCGUCCUGUGGCUCGGGGCCGGGAGCUGGCAUUCUUGGCUCGGAGACUCCCUUCCUCACUCUAGGCCUUAGUUUCCCCCUGCUGUAGCAUGGGGAUCAUGUUCGCCCACGUCGCGGAAGUGGGGCGCCAACUGUAAAGCGCUGUAUGUGACGGUGUUGUCACCCGAGCAGGGGAAGUUGAGUGGCACUGAAACAAUGGGUUAAAUUCAGAGCGGUUGGGAGAGGUGAUGUAAGCCGUGCACCCACGCAUUGGGCCGAGCGGCUGUGAGGUGCCUGCUCAGUGAAGGUGUGAGUGAAAGGAAGCAGGGGAGGGGGCGGCUAGUGUUGAAUUUUGCACCUUUUACACCGUCUUAGGGGUUGUUGGUUUUUGGCAACGUUCCUGCCUGGCCCCUCAGCUGUGAGUUAUGUCAGCCCCACCCCCUCCCUGGGUGAUGAUGUGGGGAUGGGUCUGGGGUGAUGCGACAUGCAGAGAGAGAGGUGACUUGUCCCCUCUUGCAAUCCCUGUGGACCGGGUAUCUAAUCCCCACCUCGAUCCAGCCAUGGUGGCUUCAGGGUGCUCUGGGAAGCUGCUGGGCAUCAAGGGAAGACUUCUGCCUCGGCCCCUUUGUGAGAUAGUGGGAGGCUGGCUGGGCGGGUUGCUCCAGGCACGCUCUCCAGGCUGCUACCCCCUCCCCGGGACAGGGGUGUGGAACAAACCAAACAAGCAAAGGUUACAGCCGCAGUUCAGUCAGCAGCAACCUGCGAGGGAGAGAGGCUCCCGGGUGCUGAGCGCCACCACCGCCUGCAGGAGCCCAGCCCAGGAGGAGGAGCUGGGCGGCUUUUUGCUCUGGAAUCAACAGAAGAGGCUCCAGCCGGCAUGGAGGUGACGAGUCAAGGGAACAGCGCGUCAGCGCUGUCCAACGACAAGAUCUUUGUGCUGACUCACGUCUACCUGGCAGCCUUAUCUCUGAGUCUCGUCGGCAGCGGCUCGGUCCUUGCUGUAUCCACCCUCAGGAGGAGAUGCUUCCACAGCCAGCUGCGCCCCCUCUUCCUGCUGUCCCUGGCAGACUUCCUGGCUGCCUUGGUGCUGAUCAUCACGGCUGCCAUCCAGCUCCUUCCAGCCCAGCGCUUUGUCCUGGCUUACGAGUUCUGCCCCUACGGCCUGAUGCUGGCCAUGAUGUUCUACGCGAUCUCCUUCCUGAUGGUCAUUGUCUACGCGUACGAGGUGAACCGCACCAUCCAUGGCUGGAGAGUGACGCACGUGAUAGCUCUGCAGGAGAGGCGCAGGUGCACGGAGAGGGCACAGCACUGCCUGCCCUAUGUCCUGGCCUGGCUGCUCCCCGCCCUCACGUUCCUGGGCCAGCUGCUGUUGAGAGGCGCGUCGGUGAGAGACAUCGCUCCCAUGUCCAUCGAACCCGUCCGGCCCCGUCCGGCCAACCACUCCCGAGGGGCCGACAGUCUGUACUGCUCCAGCUGCCUGAUCCUCAUCCACCGCUCCCAGGACGUCUGCGAUAAGUACGCAGGGGGGAAGGACACUGGCCUGGAGAUGAAAAUCAUCUUCUUCAUGUACCUGCUGCUGGUGCUCAGCUGCAGCACAUUCCUCUACUGCAGGGUGAAGCUCUGGUGCAGGAGGAACAGUGAGGUGCGGUUUCUGAACAUGGAGAAUGACGGCUUCGCCAGCAGGAACAUCCAGAGCGUGUGCAAAAUUUCUCGCUGCUUCCAGCUGGUUUUCCUGAUCUGCUGGACACCAGCCUUCCUGCUCAGCAUCCUCUCCUUCACCAGCAUCAAGCCCACCUCCAUCUUUGCACUUCAUGUUGCCGUGGCCCUGACCAUGUCCCUCCAAGGGCUCCUGCACAGUUUGGUCUACGGCUGGCUGCGGCAGAACUUCCGCCAGGAGGCUCUGGGGGAGACGCUCCCCUUGAGAUACUACCCCGGCCUCAAAGCCUUCUAUGACGAAUCGUUUGGUGUUGAGGGCUAGGAGAGUGCCUGCAUCGUUCUCUGCUGCUCGCUGGGCCCCACGUCUGCAGCAGUCGCUGGGCAUUUCGGAGGAGCACUACAAAGCUUCUCUCCUCACUGGGGGCUGUUCCCCCUGGACACUGCACCAGGCAAUGAGGAAUCAGCCCUGUACUGACUCUGUGGGGCAGCCUUCCUGGAACACAGGGACCUGCACUGAUUUCACCACCCUUCUGGCUCACGAGAAAUAACUUUGCAAACACGGCGUUAGAGCCACACCUGCUCCUGGAAGCAAGUUAGCCAAAGCAGCAACAUCGUUCGCAACUGGUGUGUGACCAACUGUGGUUUGCUUAAGGGCAGUUAAAGGCCCAGAGCUGAUGCUGGCUGCAAGGGAGAAGAGGCCAAGGCCUCAUUUAAAUUCCCUCCCACCUGCGCUGCUGUCCUUCCCUCAUCUCUAAAGUAGCUUCUGCAAAAGGCUGGGAGGGAUGGACAGCCUCCCCUCCCCGCCGGGGGGGACCCUGGGGCUGCUGCAGGCCUCUGAGCCAGAAGGGAGCUUGAAGGAACCGUGGCUCUCACUAGGACAAGGCCAUAGGAUGUAGAGUAGAAGCUCUGUGGAGCAAUUCUCUUGCACAAUGGAUUGAUUCCAUUUACUGUGGGGCCGAGAGCCCCAGUCAUGGAGCAGGACCCUGUCGGUGCCAGGCAGUGUACCCAGCUGUGUGGGUGUUCAUGGCUUGGGAACAGCCUGUAUUAAUUGAAACAACAUGAAAGGAGAUAACGGGGGUGCAGAGACUACUGGCAAUUGAAUUUUAAUUGUGGCUGGCCCGAGGCGGCAGUAGAGUUUGCUUGGCCCUCAAGCCCUGUCUCUACUCACUUGAGAAUAAAAAACCUUAACCCUUUCUGCCCAAGCUGGCCUCACCU